AUGACGAUGGAAGUGGACAGCAUCGCCUCCACGCUCGCGAUCGUCGGGAGCCCGCCGGCAUCGUCGAUGGACGUGGACGGCACCGUCUCCACGUUCGAGAUCGUCGGGAGCCCGACGACAUCGAUGGACGUGGACACCCCCGUCGCUCCUCCCGGCUCCCCUCCCCGCCGCCUCCCCGACCACGUCUCCGGCCGGAUCGGCCUGCCCCGCGUCCCCCCCCACCGCAUCGACCUGCAGCCCCUUCGCGGCUGCCUCAAGACGCCCGGCAAGCGAAGGGCCGGCUGGUUCUUCACCAGGUUCGCCCCCGACGCCCGGUGCGUCAUCACGGGGAACGUGGUCCCGGCCCACCUCCGUGACCGCGCCGAGUGGGCGGCGGCGAUCCUCAGCCGCAUCGAGCGGCGCCGGGCGAUGCAGGCCCUGGGAGACCGGGACCGCCAGGAGCCCCCCGUCGAGUGGGAGCCCUCAUCGUGCGACGAGCCGAUGACGGGCGUGAGCGAGGAGGACGACGCCCUCGCGAUGCGGUCCCGCGCGGAGGAGGCCGAGCUGGACCGCCGGCUCGAGCUGGCGGCCCUGAUCGCCAUCGCGAACUCGGCGAGGUGA